AUGUCAUUGGAAGUAAUUUACAUCACCCGUCAUGGAUUCCGAUCCAACUGGCUUGUCGACCCUUCUACGGGCAGCUACACGGCAUCCAUCCCGUCCCCGACAGGAAUACCUGCGGAUCCGGAAUUGACAGCCCAUGGUGUCGACCAGGCCAAGGAGCUGGGCGCCCACCUCCUGACCGUUGAGCCUCCAAUCGACGCAGUCUAUUCCAGCCCCUACUAUCGCUGUCUGCAGACCAUCACGCCCUUUGUUGCUCUCAAGCAGGAGAACCUCAACCGUCUUCAGACAAAAGACGUUGACGCUAAGGCCGAUGCUGUCACCAUUCGUCCCGAACACGGGCUCUGCGAAUGGUAUGGCGCCGCCCCAUUCGAGCACCCGACCCCGGCCUCAACCGACGUCUUGAAGCCAAUGUUCCCUCAUAUUGAUGACACGUAUCGGAGCCGCGUCUAUCCCGCCCGCAAUGGCGAGACUAUCGCUCAAUUGCACGACCGCGUCGCUGCUGGGGUUCAAGCCAUCAUCGAGCAAUGCGACGCCCAAGGCCACCGGGCAGUGGUUCUGUGCUCCCAUGCAGCCUCAAUCAUUGCGCUUGGCCGAGUGCUUACAGGCGAAAUGCCCGAGAGCAUCGAUGCGGAAGAUUUUCGAGCCUUCACCUGUGGGUUAAGCAUGUACCGGAGAAAAUUGCCCUCUUCUUCAGCAAAAAUUCCCGUGCCCGCUGGUAGGAUUCGACCCCCUACGUCAUCAUCAGGCUAUGGGGGUUCAUGGUUGACAAUGGAACCAACAGGCCCAAUCGUUGAUACCAAGUCGUGGAGGAAUGGUCGGGGAGUCGGAGGUGGGUGGGUAUGUGAGCUCAACAGUGACUGCAACUUUUUGAGUGGAGGAGAAGAGAGGGGAUGGCGAUUCUCAGGAGAUGAGUCCUUUUCCGCGGCCGAACAAUCUUCGCAGGCCGACGCUGGAGUGGCGCUCGGCGUGGUGGUGGAAGGAAAAGUGAAACCUGACAAGGUCUCUCCCCACAGAGCUGCAGGUCAUCAUCGCCUGUAG